AUGGUAUCCAAAAAACCAGCAAAAGCUAAAAAAACCACAACAGGAACUGCAGAUGGAAAAAAGAAGAGAAAAAAGUCAAGAUAUGACAGCUAUGGACUUUACAUCUUUAAAGUAUUAAAACAAGUUCACCCGGAUACUGGUAUAUCAAGAAAAUCCAUGAACAUAAUGAACUCCUUCCUUGUUGACACUUUUGAGAAAAUUGCUACUGAAGCUUCAAGGCUAUGCAAAUAUACUAGAAGAGAUACAUUAUCCUCUCGUGAAAUUCAAACUGCCAUAAGGUUAGUGUUGCCAGGAGAAUUAGCUAAACAUGCAGUAUCAGAAGGAACAAAGGCUGUUACAAAAUUUACCUCCAAGUAA